AUGACGUCACCGUUUCUCACAGGUACACAAAUAACGUUUCCCCUUGCACGUGUCGCAGGCCGCUUAGAAUUUAUUAAGCAGAGCAAAUUAGAAGCCCCGGCCAUUUGUCGUAAUUUACGAGACAUUUUCAAUCGCCUGGAUUUAACACACAAUCAUAAUGGAUUUUUAACGGCUUUCAGUUGAUGGUGGUGAUCUUAUUGUGUUCUGAGAAAUGUGAAGCAGUUUCGAAAGUGUUCUAAGGACUGAGCUCAAUAUUCAUUCGCCUUAACGCACCUAUUGAGUUGGAGUUAUAGUGCCAAUCUUGGGAGAGAAUCUUAAGUUCGGCACGUUAUGCAUUCAUAGGAGAUUUUUAAAGAUGCCUUCAAGCUACUAGAAUGGGCCAAGAUAUAAGUAAAAUCAAAAAGAAUAAUGAGCCACUAUCUGAAUUCAGAAAAAACAAACUCCUUUACGAAUUCAAUACAUUUUAUGAUUUGAACAAAGACGGUGUGAUCACAGAAUCUGACUUUUUUAUGGUUCAAGAGUAUGUGUGUAAAUUAAAUGGCUGGGAUCCAGAUUCCGAAAAGUUCGAGAUGACGGAAGACCUGUUUCGUUCCAUCUGGAAAUCUCUGAGAACGGAAGCAGAUGCUGAUGAUGAUGAUGCAGUGAGCGCAGAAGAGUGGGUGAAGAUGUGGGAAGAAUUAGAUGAAACUCUAAGAAAUGGAAGCAGUGCCCUGCCUGAGUGGUUGACAACGUAUCUAUGGUGCCGAUUCAACAUCUACGAUAGAACAGGUGACGGAGCAAUAGAUGUCGAAGAAUUCUCUUAUAUUUUAGAAAAUUUCGGAAUACCCGAAAGACAAUCGAAACAAUGUUUUAUCAUGAUGACAUUG